GAAAGUACUGCCUCUCUCAAGUCUCUCUCAUACUAAAUAACAGAAUCACCAACCAGAGCCAGCAAAUAUGUCGAUCAUGGAAUACAACGGUGGUUCCGUUAUAGCCAUGGUAGGAAAAGACUGCGUCGCCAUUGCUUCUGAUUUGCGGUUGGGAAGUCAAGCAUUGGGAAUAUCCUCAAAUUUCCAGAGAAUAUUUCCUGUAACUGAUCGGGUAUAUGUUGGCCUGCCUGGAUUGGCCACUGACGUGACGACACUUCGGGAGCGCUUCCGCUAUCGGGUGAAUAUGUAUACCAUCAAGGAAGAGAGAGAAAUAGAACCAGAGACGUUUGCCCACCUGGUUUCCUCGACGCUCUAUCAGCAUCGGUUUGGCCCUUACUUUGUCGAACCAGUCAUGGCUGGCCUAUCAAAAACGCCUUCUGGAGGCUUCAAGCCCUUCAUCGCAGCCACAGACCUCAUAGGAUGUCUAAACUUCGCGAAAGACUUUGUGGUAGCUGGUACAGCGAGCGCAAAAUUGUUUGGUGUGGCGGAGGGCCUCUGGGAACCAGAUUUGGAAGCGGAAGAUCUGUUCGAAACCAUCUCGCAGACGCUUUUGAAUGCUGUUGAUAGAGAUGCAUACUCUGGUUGGGGAGCAAUUGUCCAUGUCAUUACCAAGGAUAAGAUCAUUACGCGUACAUUGAAAGGUAGAAUGGACUAGAUUGUAAUAUCACUCCGCAAUGCAUAUAACCUGAGUCAAACGUAUGUUCUGCCUGCAGAGCUAAUUAUACUAGUGUAUCGCCACAGUCGGCGGUGUUUGGAGCUUUCAAGUCUGUAUUUUGAUUUUUGGUCUCA